AUGCAUAGGAAGCCAGCUACAGUGGAUCGGCUUAGGAAGUGGGGACUAUCAAUAGCAAGUAACUGUGUGCUCUGUCGGAAGGACACCGAGGAGACAAUGAAGCACCUCUUUUUUGCAUGUGAUUACUACAGGAAUAUGUGGGCAGCAUUGUUAAAUGGCUGGGAGAAAGACAUCAAAUUGGUAGCUGGAAUCUAUGAUUUACAUGUCUGGGCAGAGAGGAACCAACGAAGAUUUCAAGGGAAGAUGAUAUCAAGCCUUCAGAGGAUGAAGAAUAUUAUACUGAAGCUACACAUACGAGGGCAAAAUGAAUCCAAAUGGCACAAGGAAUUAGAAAGAUUGAGCAACUACCCUACUUAG